CAAAUUUUGUGGUUUGGAGUCAUGGCAGAGCAAGAACAACCUCAGUCUAAGAAAUCUGCUGGAUGGGUCAAAAGGACAGCUGGUGCUUUUGGAAAAGCCAUUGUUAAUACAUCUCAAUAUUUGUUUGAUUUGGAAAGAGAUGCAAGCAAAGCUCUUGAAUCAUUACUAAGGAAAGCCUGGGCCCAUCAAAGAGGAUUAAGGAUACUUGUUAGUGGGAAGACAGGUCAAGGAAAAUCUUCACUCAUUAAUGGUAUUCUUGGUGCUCAUGUUGCUGUUGAAGGAGCUGGUGCCAAGAGAUGUACAACACAAGUUGAAAUGUAUUCAGAAAUCAUCAAAGGUGUGCCGAUCAAAGUCUUUGAUUCUCCUGGCUUACAAGAUCGCACAGCAAAUGAAGAGAAAUACAUACAAGGAAUGAGAGAAACAUGCCAAGAGCUGAGUUUAGUCCUCUACUGCACUAAGAUGAGUAACACUCGACUAACUGAUGAUGACAAGAAUGCUAUGGUCGAGCUAACAAAGGCUUUUGGAGAAGGUUUCUGGAAAUAUUCCGUUUUUAUCCUCACUUUUGCUAACAGAGAAGAUGUCACCAGAAAAGAUGACAGAGAUGCUGAUGAAGAAGAACCAGAUGAAGCCGAUGACAAAGGAUGGCAAGAGUUAGGAAAGAGGAGGUUUGAAAGACGGUUAGAAUUAUGGAAGGAAGAGCUUCAAAAUUUCCUCAUCGAUGAAGUUGGAGUGAGUAAAAAGAUUGCUACAAAAAUUCCUGUUGUGCCAGCUGGAGACAACAAAAAAACUCGAAAAAACAAGGAGCCUCUUCGUCUUCCUGACCGUGACAACUGGUUUAAUGAAUUAUGGAAAGCAUGUUGCUUACGAGUUAAAGAAACACGUCUUUUCCUUCAGUUAAACAGUGAUCGUAUGGUUACUAAAGAUGAAAGUGAUGAUGAGGGAAGUGAUGAUGAUGAUGAUGAUGAUGAUACAGAAGAGCCCUCUGAAGUUAUUCCACCAGAAGAAGAAAAAACAGAUGUUAAAGAAGAACUGGAGAGAAUUGGAAGAUUUGAGGCUGCUCUUAAUGUUGCUCGUCAGCAGGAAUCAAAUGAGAAAAUGGAAAGUCCAGAAUUUACGAGACCUCCAAAAAGACCUCCUCGAAGUCCUCGACCAAGCCAUCAAGCACAGCAAGAUCAGGCAAAAGACACGGAAGAAAGUAAAAUUACUCCAAUACCUAGGACAAGAGUUGCUACAAAUCCUGAGCAUUCACAGUUGAAUAAAGGCGAUUCAAUUACACGGGGCAAACCACUCCGUCUUUCAGUCCCAUUAAUAAAGCCUGAACCUCCACCAAAACCAGUUCGUUCAAAAAGAAAAGAGAGUGACUAUGGAAUGCCUACAAUUCCAAUGGAUGCCUUAAAGCCAGGAGCUCCCUAUAGAAAGACACGACCAUCCCCACUGCCUUCUCCACUACCAUCUCCAAUACCUUCUCCACAGCCAUCUCCACAACCAUCCCCAGUACCUUCUCCACAACCAUCUCCACCAUCAACUACAAAGUUUUUCCCUCCAUCACCUAGACCAUCUCAACCACCUAAACCAGCUCCAAAACCAUCUUCACAAAGGACAUGUCUACCAGAGCCACCGACUAUGAUGGUAACUAAAGAUGCAUCACCUCUUCCAUUGCACACUUCUCGAAGUGAGGGUUAUAUAGGUUUAUCCCAACUACAUUCUCUGAAGCCAUCCCCACUACCUUCUCCAACUCCAUCCCCAUCAUCAUCUCCUAGGCCUGAUCGAGUCAAUACUCUUGUAAACCAACAUAUUGACAUCCAGCAUUCAUUUGUUAAGGAUAUUACUGUUGAGACCGUCAGAAGAGGUUUUGGUGAAACUGUUGCUGAUGCAUUCAAGGCAGCAUUUGAUAACGUGAUUAAAAAGCCAUCUAAAUGGUUUGUACGACUGAUCAAAAAGGAAAAUUAGACAUAGUUUAUUGAUAUUGAUAGGAUGUUAUUGUUAUUUUAUUUUGCUGCUUUUCCUAGAUACUUAUGAAUUAUUGUUUCCUAGAGUGUUUAUAGUUUAGUUUUAAUUCCUAUAAGAUUAUGAAUAUCUUUUGUAGUAAUUUGAUAGUAUUGUUUAUACACAUCUUUAAAAUUAA